AUGAAUCCUGGAAAGCCUCGGAUCCGCGCGGCUAAGGCCUGCAAGCGAUGCAGGCAGCGAAAAAUCAAAUGCGACGUCGUACAGAAUGGAACCCCAUGCAGCCGCUGUCGCAUGGACAGCGUCGAAGAGUGUGAACUCAUCGUAUCACGCCGUGGAACCUACGAUCGGAGAACUGCCCGGCAGUUACGCCAUCAGCAUAGUGCUGGUCUGGCCUUGGGCGCGCCACAGCCACCGGCAGCGGCAGACAAUAGGCACAGCCAGAACGCCGAAUCAAUCACUACGACCAGCUCUCAAGAUGGCGAUCAAGAUCUGAUUUCAGAAACCACUCCUUCUGAACUUCAGUCCAUCCAUAGCAAUCCGACGGAAUCUCUCCCUCCUCUGGGGCCUGAGAGUAUCCGUCCAUCUGCCUCCGCCAGACAGUCCGUCUCCGGAAUGUUUGAAGACUUCCUCAAUUGGCGAACAGAGAGGCAAAUUUCCCAGUGUGGGCUCAUCAUGUUAGCCGAGCCAUCGCCCCUGACUUUUGCUCUCGAGGAGUAUCCCAAUGGGGUAACUCCACCUUUACACGACGCCAGUGACCAAAUCCGAAACAGCUCGAACCUGGCGGUCGUUCGCGACGACUGUCACCCUUCACAUCUCGAUGCCGUGGACAUCACCUAUCUUAAAGCCAAAGGCGCAUUCGCUCUGCCCUCCGAGCGCCUGAUGCACGAUUUGGUCGACGUGUACUUGAAGAAGUUCCACGCAUUGUACUCAAUCGUUGAUAGAAUUGAGCUGGAGAAAGUACACAAGGAGAAAAAGCUACCCUGGCUGAUGCUCCAUACAGUCUGUUUCAUAGGAGCGACAUUCUGUGAUGCAUCCGUUAUUCAUCUCUCUGAAUUCAAAUCACGACUCGAAGCUCGACGCAAGUUUUACGACAGGGCAAAACUGAUUUUUGACUUCGGGUAUGAGACAAGUAAAAUCAUAAUCGCCCAGUGUGCUAUAAUGUUGAGCUUCUGGGGCCCACAAACACACAGUUACUGGAAUCCUUGUUCCUGGAUCGGUUUCAGUGUUACCUUUGCUGUCUCACUGGGAACACACCGCGCCUCUGUCUGCGCUGAUGCCCAGCGAAAUAACAGGGGCUUGUUAAAAAAGCUUUGGUGGUCGCUAGUAGUGCGAGAUACAUAUUGUUCUGUACUACUAGGAAGGCCAUUUCGCAUCAAUCUGACCCACUGCGAUACUGAUAUGUUGACGAUGGAUGAUUUUGUCAAUGAAUCCAUGGAAGAAGGUUUCUAUCAAAUACAAAUUGCUAGGUUAUCCCUCAUCUUACGUCGAAUACUUCACUCUCGCGUCGGACUAGAGAAUGGCUCAAUCACGCCGCAAACAGUGCAUUCGGAAAUUGAAGCGUGGCAUUGUGAGCUACAACACUCUCUACAGAACUGGCCUUAUCGAGGCCCUCCCUUUAUAUGCUCGACUGCUUUGGAUAUUCUUUACAACUACUACCUGCUUCUAUUAUACAUCAAAAAGCCAAUCACUGAGACUUCCGACCGAUAUGGAUCAAGUCAGACAUCAGAUGGCUUUGUCCAAUCACGCGCCCGGGCAAUCGCCUCCCACGCGAUUACCCUCGUCACCAAAACCAAGGUUUGUGAGCUCCCACACGAGCUCUUCCCGGCAUUUUUUGUCUCUGGAAUCGUACUUUAUCGACAGAUGCGGCAAUCAGAGGACAUCGUCGCUGAAAUGGCGCGCGCGAAUCUGGAUAAUUGCCGAAUUAUUCUAAACGAGGCGAAGGAGCUAUGGGAUCCAGGAAGCUGGGCAAUGCAGAUAUUCGAUUUUCUAUGUGCAUACCGAAAGAAUGCCGCGCCACGUAUGGAAGAAAAUCACCAGAGUAACCCCGACGUGACAUCGUCUAGCAAUAUCGACAAUCUCAAUACACAUGCAAUGGCGGGCAGGCAUUCUGGAAUUGACGAUCCUCAUCCCGAAAAAUCCCUAGGUCUAAAUUAUGAUGUCCUUCAUUCCCACUUGUCAGAAAGGCUGGAGGAUUACCUGCUGAUGCCUAACUUCCUGCCUCCCGCAACAGACGAGUGGCCAGAAUUUCAGAUUUAG